AUGUGUUUGCGGCCCAGGGCCCCCUGGCAGCAGCCCCUCCUUGGCCCCUUGCUUGGGGAGGCCAAGCUGGCAGGGGCUGGCCUUGCCCAUCUCACCUCCCGUGCACCCCGGAAGACCCCGGGCUGCUCUCAGGACAGCUGGAGGGAGGACCAGGCAUCUGUGGAGAGCCCGUCUGGAGACAUAGCCUUCGGCCAAGCUCCGAACAGCAAGCUCGCGUUCCACGAGAGGAUGGGAGAGGGAGUGACCCUGCAGGGGCGAGUCGUCUGCCAGCCACACCACUCUGUUCAGGAGAAGUGUCUGGAAACUGUCUGGAUUGGGUUGAGGAGGGGGCAGUCCACUGCCUGGUGUGAUGUGCCCGGAGGAGCCCAGAAGUCCAGGGACGAAGAAGGAAAGGAGGCAGAGGUCAAUGAUGAUAAUGCCCUCUGGCGUUUCCUGUGCCCAGAAGAACGUGUGAGAACUCAGCGCAGGGCUCUCACCAGGUCCGGUUUUAAAGGCGGUUCGGAACACCCCACUGUGCGCGACCAGGAGAAUCUCAGGGCGAGAAGCCGCGGUUCCCCGUCAGGCCGGAGGACGCUCGCGUUUGCCAGCCGAGCGCCACGGGGGCCGCGCCCGCAGCUGCCAACGGACCCGGGCUCUCCCUGGGACGGCGCUCUUGCUGCUGGGGCUCGGAGCCCAGAGACGCGUUCCUUCGGCCCCAGUGCGGCUCCCUCUCUGCCCCGGAAGUUAACCUCUGUCAAAGGUGACUCACCAGGAAGAAAACGUGUCUGCGCCUGGGGGACAGUGCGGGGCUCGGGGCGUCCCUCUCACUCCGGCGACGCCGCCGUUCGGCCGUGGACGGCUGGGCAGAAAAUCGAUGGUUUGGCUCUGCUGACAAAAAUGCUCCUGUCAGCGCCCGCGCGGGAGACCGUCCACACACCGACCCCGACUUACGGUGGAGCCCGGCGGCGGCCUGUCGCCUCACAGACGAAUCCAGAGACAGUUCGGUCGGCCCGUGUUCGCUGUGACGGGCUGUGUCUCCUCGCGGACAGCGGGCGCCGAGCGCCACGGCGGCACCGGACCGCACUGUGAACGCAGCCGCGGGCUCCGGCCCGAGGG